AACCUUAAUGUAGGAACACGUCAAGCAAAGGACCAGUGAGAACUCAGCACGUCUCUAUAUAUAUGCAUAGCUUUGGUGCGAGGCUUCUCAUCCCCCCCGUUCACGUACGCUAUAGCCAUUUUCACCGACACCACGAACAUGUCCAUCACCUUUCUUAUAUUUCUCCUCCUCAUCUCUCCCAAUGCCUUGCCGGCCAUCGGUCGACCCCAUUGUUCGCUCGACCCGAUAGCCAGCGAGGUGCGCAACACUACGAAUAGCCUGAAAACCUAUAUAAUUUAUGUGCAGCCAAACCAUGCCACCGCUCAGUCCGACGAUCCCCAAGAAUUGGAGAGGUGGUACAGGUCAUUCCUACCCUCCGGCGUGGUCAACUCAGGCGAGCCCCGGCUUGUCUACUCCUACAGCAGAUUCAUUAUGGGGUUUGCUGCGAGGCUGACCGACGAAGAGCUUGCUGAUGUGAAGAAGAAGGAUGGUUUCUUGCAUGCACACCCCGACCGCCUAGUGCCUCUUCAGACGACCUACACGCCGGAAUUCUUGGGCCUGCAUAGGGACCAAGGCUUCUGGAAGGACUCCAACUUCGGCAAAGGCGUCAUCAUCGGCGUGCUGGACAGCGGAAUCUUACCGACUCACCCAUCCUUCGAUGAUCACAACAUGCCUCCUCCACCAGCAAAAUGGAAAGGGUCUUGCGAGUUCGACGUGUCCCUGUGCAACAACAAGCUCAUCGGUGCAAGGACUUUCACCCAAGGAAUGAACGCCAUGAGAACAUCACAAGGUGCUGUGCAGCUGCAAGCACCGUACGAUUAUACUGGACACGGGACACACGUUGCCGGCACCGCGGCCGGCAUGUUUGUCGACAAUGCCAAUGUUGUCGGGCAGUUCACUGGCACUGCCGCCGGUAUAGCACCCUAUGCUCAUCUGGCCAUAUAUAAAGUCUGCGGCCGUGGCGGAUGUCCCUCGUCUGACAUACUUGCCGGACUCGACAGUGCCAUCGCCGAUGAAGUUGACAUCGUAUCUCUCUCCCUCGGUGGCCCAUCUGUUCCUUUCUAUCUGGAUGCCACAGCCAUCGGUACGUUCAGAGCCAUGGAGAAGGGCAUCUUCGUCAGCUGUGCAGCAGGGAACAGUGGACCCUCAGAUAGCACGCUGUCGAACGAGGCACCAUGGAUGUUGACGGUCGGAGCAAGCACGGUCGAUCGGUCCAUUCGAUCCACCGUGGAGCUCGGUAGUGGAGUUAAGCUUGAUGGAGAGGCCGUCUACCUGCCCAUGUCUGGCGAAUUCAUCCAAAAAAUCUACCAGCCUAGUGACUCCACCUUCUUGCGCCUCCCUGGAGAAUCCAGUACUCUCGAGCCUAGGGCCCUGCAGUCUGACAUGCUACCACUGGUGUAUCCUGGCUCGGUCGGAGGACCAAGGGCUGCCUUCUGCCUCGAUGGCUCACUUGCUGGCAUCGAUGUCAAAGGAAAGAUUGUGGUAUGCGAUAUAUUAAUAAAGAAUAUUAGUACGGUGGACCAAGGUGUAAACGUCAAGGGCGCCGGAGGGGCUGCUAUAAUUAUUGCCAACGGCAAGGAAGAAGGCCACACCAUCACUAUCGGCGUCCACGUCCUGCCCGCUUCCCAUGUCAGCUAUGACGAUGGAUUGAAGAUAAAAUCGUACAUCCAGUCGGUUUUGUAUCCCAGGGCAUCGAUCACGUUGGUGGGCACAUUGUUUGGAAUAUCUCCAGCUCCGGCGGUUGCUUCCUUCUCCUCCAGAGGACCCAACCGGGCCGACCUAACCAUCCUGAAGCCCGACAUCAUCGGCCCCGGGGUGAACAUAUUAGCUGCGUCGCCCUUCCCGGUGGGACCUUCCGGAGCUACAACAAUGUUUAAUAUAAUGUCCGGCACAUCCAUGGCCACCCCACAUCUUAGUGGGGUAGCUGCUCUGCUGAAAAACAGGCACCCUGACUGGUCGCCGGCAGCGAUCAAGUCGGCAAUCAUGACGACUGCAACUUUGACUGCCAACGACGGCAGAAGGAUCCCUGACCAGAACCUAAACACCGCAGACUUCUUCGCACUCGGAUCCGGCCAUGUGAAUCCGACGAGAGCUGACAACCCAGGUCUCGUCUACGAUAUCAGCUCCAGCUAUUACAUCGCUUACCUAUGUGGCCUGAAGUACACUGAUCAGCAGGUUAGCGCCAUAGCGGGUCAUUUCGUCUCCUGUUCAUCUGUCCAGAGCAUCUCCGGCACGGAGCUGAACUUACCCUCGUUCAUGGUGCCCUUAAACAGCACAAACCACUACAAAUUGGAUGUUUUUCGGAUGGUGACGAAUGUCGGAGCUCCGAAUUCGAUAUAUGAGGCGCAAGUGAUGGCUCCGCAAGGAGUGUCCGUCGUGGUGAAUCCUCAGCGGCUGACCUUUUCUCAAGUCAACGAGAAGGCAACAUUCAAGGUGACCUUCUCCAGAGAAGGCAGCGGCCAUGGAAUUUAUCGGCCGGGCUCAUUGAAAUGGGUCUCAUCAGAUGGAAAUACAAUCGUUAAUAGUCCAAUAAUGGUACAGAUCGUUUGAUAGAGAGUAUGGAGCAUCUCUCAGGUGCUUCUGCCAUGUAAGCAAGUAAAUGAAGUCGAUCUAGUACUGUGUCUCUGCUUGUGUGUGGUGUGUUUGUUUGCAGCUGUUUAAUAACGGUGGGAGUGCCACCUUGUUGCCGAGUUGAAACUCGGAACCUCUACUCAGCUGGUGAGGACUGGGAGGGGACGUUUCAUGUGUUUUGCAUGUAUGAAAGUUUGCUGUUCUCUCUUUGUGGUCAUCUCGUGUUCUUGAUUGCUUAAUUAAAUUGCUCGAUGUCUGAU